GCGGCGGGGCGGCGGACGCCAUCGGCACAAAUCCCAGUGCCGGCGCAGAGAGCCCCCCCAGGAAAAGCCCGUCUGGACGAGGUCAUGUCUGCUGCAGCCCUUACAAGCCUGUCCACCAGCCCUCUCGGUCUGGGCAUCCCAGCUACAGCCUUCAGCCCAGAGCCUGGCCUGGAGCCCUGGAAGGAGGGUCUGGCGCAGCCACCAGGCAGCUACAGCAGCAGCAGUAACAAUGGAGACUGGGGUUGGGACCUGGCCAGUGACCAGUCCUCUCCAUCCACCCCAUCACCUCCACUGCCCCCUGAGACAGCCCACUUUCUGUUCGGGGAGCCCACCCUGAGGAAGAGGAAGAGCUCCAUCCAGGUCAUGUUCCAGUGCCUGUGGAAGAGCUGUGGAAAGGUGCUGAGCACAGCCUCCGGGAUGCAGAGACACAUCCGCCUGGUGCACCUGGGGAGACAGGCAGAGCCGGAGCAGAGCGAUGGCGAGGAGGACUUCUACUAUACAGAGCUGGACGUUGGUGUGGAUACGCUGACCGACGGGCUGUCCAGCCUGACUCCUGUGUCCCCCACAGCCUCGGUGCCACCGGCCUUCCCCCAUCUGGAGCUGCCAGAGCUGCUCAAGCCCCCAGCCCUGCCCAGCCUACUACAGCCCCUGGCCCUGGCCAUGGCCCUGCCCCCCGUGCUCAGCUCUGUAGCCCCCCCACAGGUGUGCCACGGUGAUCACGCCUACCAGGUGGGUGAGGCCACAGGUGGUGUCUGGGAGCAGGUUUCAGGGCACUGUGGAGAUGAGCGAGGCCCAGGCUGCAGUUCUCCCCAGGACUGCAUGGCACCCAUCCACCUGGACCUGCGGGCCACUGAGGUCCAGGCCUGUGCACCAGCAUUGCCUUCCAAGCUUGGUGCCAAUCUAAGGAAGCCCCGUGGUGAUGCCAAGAAGUGCCGGAAGGUGUAUGGCAUGGACCACCGGGACCUGUGGUGCACAGCCUGUCGCUGGAAGAAAGCCUGCCAGCGGUUCCUGGACUGAGCCCACCCUCUGGUGCUGCUGCCCCGCUCCCAGCCAACCCCAGCCCCAGGCUGGACAACUCUGGGAGUGCUCCAGGUCCAGGCCUUUUCUGGCUAUAGGGUUUACUUUCUACUUUGGCAGGGACUCGGGAGUUGUUGAUCCUGGACUCCCAGAGAUGUGGGAGAGGUCCUGCCACUCAAAGUGCCUCUGAAGAAACCAGCUUUUUGCACUAAAGCCAAACCAUACCGCUGCCCCUUUGGCCCCAGGGGCACUGCUCUCCCUCCCUGGUAGCCCGCAGAUCUGUCAAGGAAGUCAGUGGGCCCAGCUGUAGGGGCCGGUCUGAGAUGCACUUUGAGGGGUGUCAGGGAGAGAACUCUUGCACCCACACAUUUAAUGUGAUGGUUCAAGGGCCCUGGGGCUGACAUUUUACCAUGUUUGUGAAGCUCAGGUGUCUCACGUCUGGGCCUUACCAGGUGAGAAGAAUUAAACAUUUGGGGUUUUUCCAGAAGCUGAGUCUGCCUCUUAGGGGGAAGUAAUGGGAUUUGUUUGGGCAGGGGUGGUAGGAGGCCAUUAAAAAGCCACAGGGCCUCAGGGUAACCUGGCCACCUCUGCCCACGGUGAGGCCAGGAGAGAGAGUGCUAUCUGAAACACACAGGAGGCACCUGCUUGGAGCAGCAACUUCCCAAUUUAUUGAAAGUGAUCGCUUUGCAAGAAUGUCUACGCUAAUCCCGUCACAGAAAGGAAACCCACAGGCAGGCCGCGAGCACACCUAGGCAGACAAGAAACUGCGAGACCCACGAGAGAAGAGAAGGUAAUCUUGACCUGUCCUGGGCUACAGCAAAGCAGGACAACAGAGCUGUGAUUUCCCACUGACUGAUUACAAAAAACCUCCUCCCCAAAUAUGAACACAUCUUCGAUACAAACACAGGUUUAUAAUAAUAUAAAGUCAGUAUAAUAUAGAUUAUCCUC